AUGGAUAAAACUUUGUUGGCCUCUUAUCGCAGUUCUAGGAGGGCCAUCCGACAAUUAUGUCCCUCUCCAAAAUACGUCCCGGCCAGAAUUGGCGCGCGGCGGACAAACUCAACAACCGCCAGCACGCUGAUAUAUCCCGAAGCGCCAACCAAGGAACACUCAAACCUGGCCACUUUCCUCGCCUAUGUGGAGCGCACUGGGCUGAACAAGAAGUCAACUGUGUAUAGGGGCACCCACUAUGAGUACACAGUCGCUGAGGCGCUUUCGCCGUACGGCUUCGUCCUCAAGCGCGUUGGGGGCGCAUCGGACCGCGGGCUGGACCUGCUGGGCACGUGGAAGCCGCCGUCGACGAGGCACGUUAUGAAGGUCUUUUUGCAAUGCAAGGCCGGCGCGCGCAGCCCGAGCCCGAUGUUCGUGCGAGAGCUCAAGGGAGCGCGCGCGGAGGCGCCGCCGGGGUGGCGUAGCGACACUGACGUUCUGGGGCUGCUGGUGGGCGAGAAGCCGGCGACGCGGGGCGUACAGGAGGAACUCCGCGCGUCAGUACCUCUGGGAUACGUGUGCUGCUCCAAGGACGGCGAGUUGAAGCAGCUAUUGUGGAACCAGGCAGCGCAGGAGAUGGGGCUUGAGGGCGUGACGGUCGCGGUCAACAACGGCGAGAACGACAACGACGGCCUCAUGGAUGCACCGCCCAGUGCAACAAUAACAGGCCUUCUUCAAUUACCUCCUCCUCGCUACAAGCCCUCGGCAUCCACUUCCCUAGCGUCGCAACAGCCAUAUGGCAGCCAUCUUUGGUUCUGGCAACAUCCAGGUCCGAAUUACACGCCUUUUACGAAAAACAAUCGGCCUUACCGCCAGACGGCGAAUCUCGAUGAGAGCCGCUCCCCACGCUUUCUCUUCAAGAUGGCGGCGGGCGGUUCCUUAGUCAUCACACGCGCGCGGGCUAUGUCCCCAGCUUAAUCGUUCCUUGGGCCAGCCAGAAGCCGCCGUAUACGAAAUCAGUCUUAGUGCUCGCGCUGGGGGGGGCCACGAUCCAGAUCCCAUCACCUCCACUUGAUGCAAAGCGGUAAUGGGCAGUUGUCACUGCAUAUCUUGCGUGAGACGGUUAACCCGAGCUUAGAAAUCGGCAUCCUUCUGCUCCAUAACCGAGUUUUGUUGAGGGAACCAUUGAUCAUCAUGCUGUGGACGCCAAGUAAGCCAAGGCGCUGAUAGAAAUGGUUAUAAGAGGAGGGACGUCGGCGAGAAAUGAAAGUCAAAUAAAAUCAACAACAGCAUCAAUCGAACCAUUCAAUCAAUAUAUCAACCACCAAGUCCCUUCACUCCCAUCCAUCCAUCCACUACAUCCAUCCUUCACAUCACAAAAAGCAUUCACCCACUCUCUCCAUCAUGUCUGAUAUCAAGCC